AUGCAGUUCACUAUCUCUACCGUUCUCGCCCUCGCUGGCCUCGUUGCCGCUCUUCCCCCUGCUGCUCCUCCCAUGGCUGGUGGCAUCGGCAACGCCAACGGCGUCGGCAACAAGGGCAACACCCAAGUCCGCUUCCCUGUCCCCGACAACAUGACUGUCAAGCAGGCCCAGGCCAAGUGUGGUGACCAGGCUCAGCUCUCUUGCUGCAACAAGGCCGUCUACGCCGGUGACACCACUGAUGUCAACUCCGGCAUGCUCGGUGGCGCCCUCGGCAACCUGGUCGGUGGUGGCUCCGCCUCCGAGGGUCUUGGUCUCUUCAACCAGUGCUCCAAGCUGGAUCUCCAGAUCCCCCUCAUUAUUGCCAUCCCCGUCCAGGACUUGGUCAACCAGAAGUGCAAGCAGAACAUUGCCUGCUGCCAGAACUCCCCCUCCAGCGCCAACUCCGACCUCAUUGGUCUCGGCCUGCCCUGCAUUGCCCUUGGCUCCAUCCUGUAA